AGGCCUUCCUCAAUGUAUGUAUUAGUUAUUUUACUGUACCUUUAGAGGUAUCUAAUCGCCAUAGGUGCCUUUUAUCUAUAUUUAAGGACAUUUUGUGGGAUUUAUACGCUUUUUAGUGUCGAGUAAAACAACGACACCCCUCUUUUCUUCCCUUGGUCCAAACGCCCAAACAUCCAGCUGAUUGCUUCAAUUAUUCCAGUUCAAACUGAGCCGUUUUGUUUGACUUAACGGAUGGUUUUUGUCGCCAAAAGGGGCCGAGUUCGCCACCCUUUUUUCACCCAAUUGUGGAUUUAAAACGAGAAACAGGACUUAUUUUUAUUUUUCUCUAACUUGGAUCGUUUUGUUUCUCCUCACUGAAGAAGAACCAGGCCUCAUCCCCCAGCCUCGCGUUUCCACCUCGGUUUUUUUUUGUUGGAAGUCAUGGGAGACACAAGUGAACGAAGCAAACCGGCGACUCUUCCUCCCCGGUGUCCCUGUGGCUUUUGGGGGUCCAGUGAAACCAUGAACCUCUGCUCCAAAUGUUUUGCUGACAUCGAGAAGAAGCAGCCCGGGGAGGACUGCCCCUCUAAGCCCCUCCAGAGCUCUGGGAGCAGCCAAUCUGCAGUUUUCAGUAGCGAGACGAGCAGUAACAGUAGCCAAUCCCUAUCGUCGCUGUCGUCGCCGCCCUCCAGCUCCGAUCAGCCGUCGGCCGAAGAGCCCUCGUUAAGCAGCACCAGGGAAGGCACGUCGUCCACAGAAACAGCCCAAGGCACGCUCUGCAUGCCCACAAAGCGUCCCCGGGAAUCAGCGUCCGGCUCCGAGAGCGAGGCGACUCCAGAGAAGCGACCACGGGCAGACGACAAGGAGGAGAGCGGCGAGGAGGCCCGCGGGACGCCCAAGCAGAAGAACCGCCGACGCUGCUACCGCUGCCAAACCAAACUAGAGCUGGUGCAGCAGGAACUGGGCUCCUGUCGCUGCGGCUAUGUGUUCUGCAUGCUCCACCGCCUCCCCGAGCAGCACGACUGUCUGUUCGACCAUCUGGGCCGCGGGCGCGAGGAGGCCGUGCUCAAGAUGGUGAAGCUGGACCGCAAGGUGGGCCGCUCGUGCCAACGCAUCGGGGAGGAGUGCUCCUAACGCCGAGCCGCUGUGCAGCUAGAGAAGAGGCGCUUACAAAGAGGAAGGGGAGGAGGAAGGAGGAAGGACAACUGGGGUUAAGGGUGGGGGGAUGGAGGAGGAGGAGGAGGAGGAGGAGGAGGAGGAGGAGGAGGAGGAGAAGAAGAGGUGGUUGUAACAUCUGAACCUGCUGUCCUGGUUUCCUGGGAGGAGUGAGUUUGGACUCCUGUCUGGACCAACAGGAGGAAGAAGGGAGGUGUAUCGUUAAGUAUCGCAUGUUCACACACACAGCCUUAACCCGCCCCCCCCCCCAAGAGGACAGAUCCGGUUACAUUAUGCACAUCUCGCCACGGUUUCCUCUUCUUUUCUUUCCAGGACAGGAAGUUACGGAAGGUUGUAGCUGAUCUGAUCGUUCCCUCGAUUUCUCCUCAGGUCGUCAUAACAGGGGUCGGAGGAUCAAACCCCACCUUCCUCCUCCUCCUCCUCCUCCUCCUCCUCCUCCUCCUCCUCCUCCUCUUAUUCUUUUUUCUUCCACCAACAUUACGGCUCAUGCACAGCUUCACUAGCUGCUCGUGCAUGGAGCCGGCAACAGUGUGUGUGAGUGUGAGUUAACGUGAGGCAGUCCAAAGGAUGCUGUCAUGGUUUUGAUUUCUUUCGUUUUUUCCUGCUCCGUUUUUACUGACGUCGUGGAGGACGAUACAGCCGAUCCCUGCCUCUGCUCACAUGGAUUGUCGAUGAAUAUAAAUAAUAAUAAAAACCACACUAAUGGACAAGAAUCACUCGGAUGAAUCCUCGGUGUAGCAGAUCUUCCUCUUCCCCCCUUCCCUAUUUUUUCCUCGGAGUAGUACUGUUGUUUUACAUAAAGGGGAAUCGGCUGAACGUUUUUGUAUUCAAAAUGAAGAGUUCUUCGCCGCGUGUUCAUUUAGCAAACAACGUUCAUCCCCGGGUGUCUCUGUAGACGAUAUGUUCAGAGUGCUUAAUCGAAUGCAUGACUUACCCCUGAAGUUGUUCUAUAAUUUAUUUCUUGUUUUUUGGGUGUCGUUUAAUUUUCGGAUCAGCGGGGGGGGGGGGAAUGAUUCUUAAAAAUGUUAUAAUUUCCUGUUUCUUUAUUUCACAAUCCCUCCCAGGGGUUUCAUUUCUGCUCCUGAGCAUUCAUGAAUCCAGUUUAAAUCAGUGAUGUCGUAUUGAUACACAUUUUGUUUAGAUGCUGAGAAUUUACCUCGGAGCUGAGACGUUUCACACCUAAAGUUAAUAUAAAAAAGCGUUUGACUCUUAAGUCUCCACCAAUCAACCAUUUUUGGUUCUUUUAAGUUAAGUUUUGCUGUUGAUUCCGGUCUAAAAUAAACCGUUGCAGCAGUCCCUGGCGUAUUUAAUUUUGUAGGACGCUGUCGAGGUUGUACAUUUGACAUCACAGAUUCAAACCAGCAAUGACGCCUCAGUGGAAGAAUUCUUAUAUUGAUUGGUUUUCCAUUUGUUCGUUCAUAUUUUACCAUUGUGUUCCUGCUCUUAAUCAGCCUACAGUCUGAGUGUUGGACUUUGUGCUGUGCAUAUUGUUCACCUACACACCUCUCAUCCUUCUCUUUUUUUUUUGAAGGCGUUUUCCACCAAAAAUCAACUUUUUUUUUUGUUUGUUUGUUGCAGAAUUUUUACCCUCUUCAAAUGUACGUUUUUAGUUUGGCAUUUAAUGCACAUUGUGGAUGCAUUUAAAUGAAUACAGGUACGGAAGCUUCUUAAAUGUACUUUGCAGCGUUACGGAGAAUGCCUUUGGAUGACGUUUUGUUCUUCUGGUGGGAGACAUCCUUGAAUGCAUCCUACUUUUUUUGUGCAAAUUAACUUAAGGAAGAGUUGAUUCAGGUGGAAAGCCCUUAAACCAGACACCACUUAACUAUGCUAAUCCUCAUGCACACUUUAUUGUUUUCCCCCCCUCCCCCCUUCACCCUUUACCCAUGACAACGCAGCAAGGGUUAAAGGGAGACCGGAGAAAAGUCGCGACUGGUUCUGAUUUUGAUAUUGUUUUUGAGUGAAAUGGAAGAAAUGGAAUAUCGUUCUGUACCUUUUUAGAGAAAAUUAUUUAACCUUAUAUCAGUUUGAGUUACUUACACCCUAGCAUAGAGUGGCAUAUUUAGUUAAAUGUAUAAAAAAAAAGCAAGACCAUAAUUCUGUCCUAUUUCUCCUUUUUUAAUUUUAUGGUGUUCCAUUUUCUGCUAAGGAAAAUAAACUGGAUUAGAGGAUGUGGAGUGUGUGUGUGAGUGUGAGUGCGUGUUUAAUCUGUGUUUCUUUUCUCCAUAUUGGCAUUUGUUUGACAAAAUAAACCAUAAACAGAAUAUC